UGUACUUAUCUUCUUGAUACUGUUUCAGGUGAGAUCGAAUGGAUUGAAGAUUGAGAUUAUAGAUGAAUGUAGAAGACAGCAUACAUGUAUAUGUUAUAUAUAUAUAUAUAUAUAUAUGCAUAUAUGUAUAACGCACCUUUUUUUGUCUAAAGUUAACAACAAUGUGUAGAAUGGGAAAUGUACAAAAAAAUGGUGUUACACUAUUAGUGGUGAUAUCUUUAUUAAUUGAAACAAAUGGCUUCUAUGUACCUGGAGUUGCUCCAGUGGAAUUCAAGAAGGGACAGAAAAUUGACGUUAAAGCUGUCAAGAUGACUAGUACUCAUACACAACUACCAUAUGAAUAUUAUUCACUUCCUUUCUGCUUACCUAAGAAUGGAACUUUUAUUUAUAAGUCGGAAAACUUGGGAGAAGUGUUACGUGGAGAUCGGAUAGUGAACACUCCAUAUGAGGUUGUGAUGGGAGAAGAUAUUUCUUGUAGACUUCUUUGUCAUAACCCGUCCAAUUUGAUGACUUGGGACGAAGCAAAUUCUCAGCAUGUUAUCCAGAUGAUUCAGCACGAAUAUUUUGUGCAUCUAUUGAUAGACAAUCUGCCAGCAGCUACCAGGAAAAAACACAAGGAAACGAAUAACAUAAUUGUUUAUCAGGGAUAUCGGCUAGGUGGAUUAAGUGAUCAACCGAAUGAUCAAGUAUAUAUUAAUAAUUAUCUUAAAUUAAAAUUGAGCUAUCAUAAACAUGGCGAAAAUGAAUUUAGAGUGGUUGGAUUCGAGGUAGAAGCUCGAUCAAUUGACACAUCUCAAUUGAAGUUUGAUGGAAAUACCUGCAUUCUACCAAAUGAAGCGACUCCACAGUUUGUCAAUCCUAAAGGCACAAGCCUUCUUUUCCUGUAUUCAGUAGAGUGGAAACAAUCGGAUGUAAGCUGGGCUAGCAGAUGGGAUGUAUAUCUGGGCAUGAGUGACGUCGAGAUCCAUUGGUUCUCGAUCAUCAAUUCUCUCAUCGUGGUUUUUUUCUUGUCUGGAAUUCUGACAAUGAUUAUGGUAAGGACACUCAGAAGAGACAUUGCCCGUUACAACGCAGGUGAGAGUGACAGUCUAGCGGGAUUGGAUGAGACCAUCGAGGAAACCGGCUGGAAGUUGGUUCACGGCGAUGUGUUUAGACCGCCAACUAACGCACGCUUGUUUGCUGCCGUGAUUGGAAGUGGCAUUCAGAUCUUCAACAUGGCUCUGAUUACGUUGUUCUUCGCAAUGCUAGGAAUGUUGUCGCCAGCGAGUCGAGGAGCCUUAGGCACCUGCAUGAUAUUUUUGUAUGUUUUUUCCGGUUCGAUCGCUGGCUAUUUUUCAGCGCGAUUGUACAAAACAAUGCGCGGACGGGAGUGGCGAAAAGCCGCUUUACUGACGGCGACAUUUUACCCUGGCAUAGUUUUCACAACUUGUUUCUUUUUAAACUUCUUUAUAUGGGGAAAACACAGUUCGGGAGCGGUUCCUUUCUCUACUAUGGUAGCCUUGCUGUGCCUCUGGUUCGGUAUUUCGCUGCCUCUCGUCUAUAUCGGUUAUUUCUUUGGAUAUCGUAAGCAACCUUUCACGCAUCCAGUUAGGACGAAUCAAAUUCCCAGACAAGUUCCCGAUCAAUUAUGGUACAUGAAUCCGCUUUUGUGCACUUUGAUGGCUGGAAUUCUACCUUUUGGUGCAGUAUUUAUAGAGCUCUUCUUUAUCCUGACCGCGCUGUGGGAGAAUCAAUUUUAUUACCUCUUUGGAUUUCUAUUUCUCGUCUUCUGCAUUCUUGUAAUCUCCUGUUCGCAGAUAUCAAUAGUUAUGGUCUAUUUUCAGCUAUGCGGUGAAGAUUACAGGUGGUGGUGGCGCAGCUUUAUAGUGAGCGGUGGGUCGGCGGUUUAUGUACUCGCUUAUUCUAUCUUCUACUUUGUCACGAAACUGGAGAUUACCGAGUUAGUGCCAACUCUCAUGUACUUCGGCUACACUGCGCUAAUGGUCCUCACAUUCUGGUUGCUGACUGGCACAAUCGGUUUUUUUGCCGCGUACGCGUUUAUAAGAAAAAUAUAUGCGGCCGUCAAGAUAGACUAGUCAAGAUUAUUAUUAGUAGACUUGUGAAUGUGUGCGAGCGGAUGAAUUUAUAAAUUUUCAAUUUAAAUAUAUAUAAAACACGCGUGAGAGUGGAGAAUAUAUGAGAGAAAAAGAGAGAAAAAACACAAAAGCCUAAAUUUUUCGUGUUGUAGAAACAAUAAGUGGAAAUGCGUAGAUGCAUUUUCAUCUUCCAUGAAAAUUCGCAUUUUCGAAAACAUUUACACAGGAUUCAGUGAUUUACAUGUGUACAUAAAUAUUUCACGUGUCGACACCAAUUGUUUAUUGUGUUGGUUUACAUUAUACGCGUAUAGCAAAAGUUUUAUCUUUCAUAGAGAAAAGAAUAGCAAAAAAGUAAUUUGGAAAAUUAAUUCUUUUUUUUUUUUUUUUUUUUUUCAUUUGAAAGCAUUCUUUUAUUUUAAUUUUUUUUUUUUCUAUUUUUUGCGUUAUUUUUCAGAUGGAUAUUAUAGAAAGCUCUUUUUGCGUAUUUAAAUAAAAGUGUAAAAAAUU